AUGAGACGGAAACCCAUUUUAUACAAUUGCAACCGGCAAGUUGUCCACGUUGCUUGGCAUGCUUAUCGAGCAGCGCAACAGCUCGUUCCACCAGAACUCCGGCUAGACCCUGACCUCGAGAGACACGAUGUACCACCAGGUCGUUGUAGAAACGAAUCAGUAGCUCCUCAUCGUAGUCGUCCCAGAGAUCGACGAGUGUCCACGGCUUGCUCUGUCCCCACGGCAAAUCCAACAGCGGAAUCUUCUCACGAUAUUCAAUCUGCUCAACGAUUCGCUGGAAGUCGCCGUCGCUUGCUGCGGGAUCUUUCAUUUUCUUGGUGGCAAAAGCAUUCCUCCACAACACCCAAUCCACAGUUAUUCGCUGAGAAAUAUUCAAAUAUUAUUGCACCCUCAAUAACUGGCUGUGUAGAAUGUGAUUCAUGUGGCCAUCUAAGCGCCAACAAAAUAUGUAAAUCCGAAAUAUUUGGAUCAUCUCUUGCUUCCGAUGAGAAUGAUAAUAACCAAUUUUCCAAUGGUUCCAAUUCUAAAGUUUGUUAA